AUGCAAAGCGAAGUCCACGUGGAGCGAGCUGCGGGACGACGCAGCGCAGCGCCGGCGCGGGCGAGAGCAACCAUGUGGGCCGGCCCAGAGGCAGCCCGCCGAGGCUGCCAUCUACGCAGUCGCUGUACCAUGCUUGGCGCCGUCGAUGCCCUGUCUUUGAUCCAAGGCCACAGAGGCGCGCGUCUUGACACCGAUGAAUACGACUCAAGAGAUACCACGUCACUUGAACCAAGGUGCAACCUGCUGCGACGCGAUCGCCCGCUACACCAUGCUGGACGCUGCCACCACCGUUCGCAUCCUCAUGGCGCCACCGAGCAGGUAGCGCAAUAG